UCAUACAAGAUAGCUUUGCUUCUCCUGACUUGCCUUUGCUGACAUGUUUGACACAGGACCAGGAGUUUGGGCCUGAUUCCUUAUUUCACCAAAGUGAACUAGAUUUUGCACCUCUGAGAGGAAUUCUUGAUAAGUCUGAAGACAAUGAAGGGAUUUCUCGACCGUCUGAAGUUAGUGAAGCUUUAUUCCAGGCUACUUCAGAAGGAUCUUCAGACAUAGUUAACAGUUGCUUUAGUAUAUCUCAGCAUCCACUUACAGGAAGCACAACUAUUGGGUCUCAGCAUUCUUUCUUACCUCCUGAACAAGGAAAUAAUGAAGAGAAUGUUUCAUGUAAUGCUGUUAAUGAACUGAAAACUCCCAAAGACUCUGACAGCUAUCAUGCAUAUAUAUCAUGGAAGACACGAAAAGAUACACAGCAGCCAGAAAGCAAUUUAGCUGAUGAAGACCAAGUUUCGGGUUCUACUUUAUCUGAUAGUUGUGAUGAAAACCUAGCUACUAGGAGAAAUGAUGGUUUUGAUGAUGCUUCUUCACAUGUGGAGUUUUGGAAACAGGAAGCUUCACAGCUGGCAGAAAUAUGUCUUACCAAAGGCCUGCAGGGGAAGGCUGAGUCUGACGUCAUUACUCUGGAUGGUGACCCUGAAUGCUGUAACCUAGAUGAAAAUGCUGUUGUGUGCAGUGAAAGAGUUGCUGAACUACAAAGAGAGCCAACCAGAGAGCCUGAGUAUCAUUCUUCAAAUCUCAGAAUGUUGAGAGUAUCUCCUGACACUCUACCAAAGACUCUCAAACAUUUAGCAGGAGUCACUUCUGAAGGAAGCAUAACUGAAGUUACACAAUCCAAGUUGAAAUCAGGUGUCCUGACCACUCCUGGAGAUUCAGACAUUAGACCUCAUUUAUCCUUGUCUCUUCAGGACUUAUCUCAGUUGGCUGCAAGUUCUCCUCAAGAGAAUGCUAUUGGUCAACACAUUGAUACUCUGAGCCAGAAGGCAUUGGCAGACAGUCAUUUAACUGAAGAGAGUCUGAAAGUCGCAGAUAUUCCUGAACCAGAUGAUCAGAACACUGGGAUACCAACAGCCCCUGCUCCUUCCUACUCACAUGUGGAGAAGCCCGAUAUUUUAUAUCAAGAAGGCUUACCAGAAGGAUAUCUAACUGGUGAGCCACUGGCACCCUGUGACCAGAAGACUGGGAAAGCAACAUUAUCCUCUACUUCCUACCCAUAUAGAGAGAAGCCCAAUAUUUUCUACCAGCAGGCAUUGCCAGAUAGUUUCCGAAGUGAGGAAGCUCUGAAAAGUUCAGCUCUUCCUAGACAAACUGACCAGAGGACUGGAAUACUAGCAGUACCCUCUUUUUCUCACUCCCGUAGAGAAAAGCCUGGUAUUUUCUAUCAACAGGCUGAGCCAGAAGGUCAUCUACCUGAAGAGGCUCUAAAAAUUUCUGCUCCCCUUGGACUAGCUGACCAGAAUACUGGGAUCCCACCUAUAAUCUCUACUUCUUUUUCACAAAAAGAGAAGCCCAAUAAUUUAUACCAACAGGGCUUGCCAGAUGUUCAUCUAACUGAUCAGCCACUGACAGUUUUGACGGCUCCUGGACAACCUGACCAGAAGACUGGCAUACCAGGUGUAACCUCUACUUCCCACACACAAAGAGAUAAGCCUGAUAUUUUCUAUCACCAGUCUUUGCCUGGUAGUCACCUACCUGAAGAGACUCCGAAAGCUUCAGCUACUCCUAGGCCAGCUGACUUGAAGAAUGGAAUAUCAACCGUAACCUCUAUUUCCUACACACAAAGAGAUAAGCCUGGUAUUUUAUACCAACAGACCUUGCCUGGUAGUCAUCUACCUAAAGAGACUCUGAAAGCUUCAGGUGCUCUUAGUCCAGCUGACCAGAAGACUGGCACACCAGGUGUAACCUCUACUUCUUACACACAAAGAGAUAAGCCUGGUAUUUUAUACCAGCAGUCCUUGCCUGGUAGUCAUCUACCUGAAGAGACUCUGAAGGCUUCAGCUGCUCUUAGUCCAGCUGACCAGAUGACUGGCACACCAGGUAUAACCUCUACUUCUUACACACAAAGAGAUAAGCCUGUUAUUUUAUACCAACAGUUUUUGCCUGAUAGUCAUCUACCUGAAGAGACUCUGAAAGCUUCAGCUGCUCUAAGACCAGCUGACCAGAAGAUUGGCACACCAGGUAUAACCUCUACUUCCUACACACAAAGAGAUAAGCCUGGUAUUUUAUACCAACAGCCCUUGCCUGGUAGUCAUCUACCUGAAGAGAUUCUGAAAGCUUUAGCUGCUCUUAGUCCAGCUGACCAGAAGACUGGCACACCAGGUGUAACCUCUAUUUCCUACACACAAAGAGAUAAGCCUGGUAUUUUAUACCAACAGCCCUUGCCUGGUAGUCAUCUAUCUGAAGAAACUCUGAAAGCUUCAGCUGCUCUUACUCCAGCUGACCAGAAGACUGGCCUGCUGGGUGUAACUUCUACUUCCCACACACAAAGAGAUAGGUCUGGUAUUUUACUCCAACAGCCCUUGCCUAGUAGUCACCGACCUGAAGAGACUUUGAAAGCUUCAGCUGCUCUUACUGACCAAAAGACUGGCCUACCAGGUGUAACUUCUACUUCCCACACACAAAGAGAUAAGUCUGGUAUUUUAUUCCAACAGCCCUUGCCUAGUAGUCAUAGACCUGAAGAGGCUCUGAAAGCUUCAGCUGCUCUUAGUCCAGAUGACCAAAAGUCUGGCAUACCAGGUGUAACCUCUGCUUCCUACACACAAAGAGAUAAACCUGGUAUUUUAUACCACCAGCCCUUACCUGUUAGUCAUCUACCUAAGGAGACUCUGAAAGCUUCAGCUACUCCUAAGCCAGCUGACCAAAAGACUGGCAUACCAGGUGUAACUUCUGUUUCCUACACACAAAGAGAUAAGUCUGGUAUUUUAUAUCAACAGCCCUUGCCUGGUAGUGUUCUAUCUGAGGAGACUCUGAAAACUUCAGCUACUCCUAGACUAGCUGACCAAAAGACUGGCAUAUCAGGUGUUAUCUCUAUUUCCUACACACCAAGAGAUAAGCCUGGUAUUUUAUACCAACAGCCCUUGCCUGGUAGUCACCUAUCUGAAGAUACUCUGAAAGCUUCAGCUAUUCCUAGGCCAGUUGACCAAAAGACUGGCAUACCAGCUGUAACUUCUACUUCCUACACACAAAGAGAUAAGCCUGGUAUUUUAUACCAACAGUCCUUGCCUGGUAGUCAUCUACCUGAAGAGAUUCUGAAAGCUUCAGCUGCUCUUAGUCCAGAUGACCAGAAGACUGGCAUACUACCUGUAACUUCUACUUCUUAUUCAUAUAGAGAGGAACCUGGUAUUUUCUAUCAGAAAGAGUUGUCAGAGAGUCAUUUCACUGAUGAAUCUCUGAAUGUUUCAGCUGUUCCUGAAUCAUCUGAUCAGAAGACUGGGAUAGCUACAGUAUCUUCUACUGCUUACCCACAGGGAGAAAAGUCCCAUACUUUCUAUCAUCAGGCAUUGCCAGAAAGUUAUCUAAGUAAUCAGGCUCCGAAAGUUUCAGGUAUUUCUGGGUCUGCUCAUCAGAAGUUUGGAACAGCAACAGUCCCCUCUACUUCCUACUCACAUGAAGUACAGCCUGGUAUUUAUUACCAACAUGAGUUGCCGGACAGUCAUCUUCCUGAAGAAACUUUGAAAGUUUCAGCUGGUACUGAACUAGCUGACCAGAAGGCUGGAAUACCAACAGGGUCUUCUAGUCCCUACUCACAUGGAGAGAAAUCUAGUAUUUUUUACCAACAGGAGCUUCCAGAUCUACCUACAGAGAGUCUGAAAACUUCAGCUUUUCCUAGACCAGCUGACCAAAAAUCUGAGGUACCAACAGUGCCCUCUAUUUCUCACUCAUAUGGAGAGAACCCCAUUGUUUUCUAUCAACAGGAGUUGCCAGAUAGUCAUCCAACAGAAAAGUUCUCAAAAGUUUUAGUUGUCUCAGGACCAAUUGAUCAGAAGACUGGGGUAUCAACAAUAUCCUCUCCUUCCGACUCGCAUAUAGAGAAGCCUGUUAUUUUCUACCAACAGACCUUGCUGAGUAGUCAUCCACCUGAAGAGGUUCUCAAAGGUUCAUCUGUUUCUGGACCAGCUGACCAGAUAGCUGGGGCACCAACCACAGUCUCCUCUUCCUACUCAUAUAAGGAAAAACCCAGUGUUUUCUAUCAGCAGAUGUUGCCAGACAGUCAUCUAACUGAAAAUGCUCUGAAUAUUUCAGAUGUGUCUGGGCCACCAGACCAGAAAACAGAGACUCUGACACUGUCCUCUACUUCCUAUUCACAAAGAGAGAAGCCUGGUGUUUUUUACCAACAAGCCUUUCCAGACAGUCAUUUAACUGAAGAGCUGCUGAAUGUUUCAGCUGCUCCCAGACCAGCUGACCAGAAAACUAGCUUAUCAACUGUAACUUCUACUUCCUACUCCCAAAGAGAGAAACCUGGUAUUUUCUACCAGCAGACUCUGCCAGGUAGUCAGAUACCUGGAGAGACUCUGAAAGUUUCAGCUUCUAGACCAACUAACCAGAAGACUGGUUUAGCAACUAUAACCUCUACUUCUUACUCACAAAGAGAUAAGCCUGGUAUUUUCUACCAACAGGCUCUACCGGGUAGUCAUAUACCUGGAAAGUCUCUGAAAGUUUCAGCUGCUUCUCGACCAGCUGACCAGAAGACUGGCAUACCAACAUUACCUUCAAGUUCCUACUCACGUGGAGAGAAAUCCAUUAUUUUCUACCAACAUGCUUUGCCAGACAGCCCUCUCACUAAAGACACUUCAAAAGUUUCAGCUAUUUCUGGACCAGUUGAACUAAAAACAGAGACACCAACAGGACCUUCAGAUUCCAACUUGCUUGGAGAUAAAUCCAUAAUUUCCUACUCCCAGACUUUGCCAGAGAGUCAUCUAACUACAGAGGCUUUGAACAUUUUAGCUUCUCCUGGAUCUGUUGACCUGAAGACUGGGAAACCAACAGUAUCCUCCUCUUCAUACUCUUCUGGAGAAAAACCCAGUAUUCUCUAUCAACAGGCCUUGCCAGAUACUCAGCCAACUAAAGGUCUGAAAGUUUCAAUUUUUCCUGAACCUGUUGACCAGAAGAUCAGGGUACCUACUGUAGCAUCUUCUUCCUAUUCAAACCUAGAGAAGACUGUUACUUCUUAUCAACAGGAGUUGCCAGACAGUCAUCUAACUGAAAAGGCUGUGAAUGUUUCAAUUGUUCCAGGACCAACUGACCAGAAGACUGGGAUACCAAUAGUACCAUCUACUUCCUACUCACACAGAGAGAAGCCUGGAGUUUCUUACCAGCAAGAGUUUCCAGAUCUUACUGAAGAAGCUUUGAAAGUUUUAGGUGUUCAUGGAUCUGCUGAACAGAAUAAUGGAAUACAAAUAGUGUCCUCUACCCCUUACUCACAUAGAGAGAAGUCUGUUAUUUCUUACCAGCAGGAGUUGCCAGAUCUUACUGUAGAUCCUUUGAAAGUUUUAGGUGUUCCUAGACUUUCUGACCAGAAGAUUGGGAUACACAUAGUGCCCUCUACCUCCUACCCACGUGAAGAGAAGCCCAUCAUUUCUUACCAGCAGGAGGUACCAGCUCUUCCUGAAGUAGCUUUGAAAACCUUAGGGGUUCCUGGAUCUACCUACCAGAAGACAGGGAUACAAAUAGUGCCCUCUAAUUCCUACUUGUAUAAAGAGAAGCCCAAUGCUUUUUAUCAGCAGAAGUUGCCAAAUAUUAGUGAAGAAGCUGUUGGUGUUUUUGUUCUUCCUGGACCAGGUGACCAGAAUAUUGGGACACCAACAGUACCUUUAAAUUACUACUCACACAGAGAAAAGCCCAUUGUUUUCUCUCAGAAAGAGUUGCCAGUGAGCCAUCUCACUGAAGAGCCUUUGAAAGUUUCAGCUGUUUCUGUAUCAGCAGAGCAGAAGACUGGGUUACCAACAGGAACUUCUAGUUCCUACUUCCAUAGAGAGAAUCCCAGUGAUUUUUAUCAGCAGGCCUUACCAGAUAGUGAUCUAACUGAAGAGUCUCUGAAGGCUUCAACUGCUCCUGGUGUAACUGAUCAGAAUAGAAGUGCUAUAGUACUAUCUAGUUCCUACUCUGAUAAGGAGAAACUCAAGAUUUCUACUGUAAGCCUACCAGAUGACCAGAAGACUGAGUUACCAACAGCUACCCAUAGUUCCUACUUACAGAGAGAGAAAUCCAAGAUUUCAACUGUGAUUGGACUAGAUGACCAGAAGACUCCGUUGACAGUUUUUCAUAGUCCCUAUUCUCAAAGAGUAAGGCCUGGUAUUUUCUUUCAACAGCAGUUGUCAGAUACAGACCAAAGUGGAAAUAUUCAAAAGAGUUCAACUGUCCCUGAACCAACUGAUAUAAAAACUGGGGUACCAGUACCUCUCUCUGGUUCUUAUUUCCACAGAGAAAAAGCUAAUAUUUUUUAUUCACAGGGAUUACCAGACAGACAUUUAACUGAAAAUGCACUGACAGUUUCAACAAUUCCUGAACCAGCUAAUCAGAAAACAGUGUUACCAACAGCUCUCCCUGGUUCCUUUUCACAUAGAGAAAGAUAUGUAACUAAAGGUGCUCUGAAGGUCUCAAGUGGUUUUGGGCAAACUGAUGGGAUUACUGGAUUACCAACUGGUUCCCCUGGUAUUUACUCUCAUGGUGAGGCACAUAAACUUGUUUCAGGACAUGUCCUACGACUGACAGAUAAUUUGAAUUCUUCUUACUCCAGUGUCAGCUCAAACAAUAUGCCUUUAAAUUCUCAGGCAGUUGAUGGAGUUAUGUUAAGUAAGCCAGAAUCUUCAGGUCUUGGAGAUGUUGGUGCUGAGGAAAUCCGGGAUACAGAUAAUAGUUCCAAAACUCUUAAAGAAAUUCGGACACUUUUAAUGGAGGCAGAAAAUAUAGCUCUGAAACGAUGCAAUUUUCCUGCUCCCCUUGUCCCUUUCAGAGAUGUAAGUGAUAUUUCAUUUAUACAAUCUAAGAAGAUGGUUUGCUUCAAAGAACCCUCUACAACUGAUGUAACUAGUGAUGAUUUGCUUCAGAGACAGUUGUUUACAGAGGAAAGCCAAAGCAACAGGUGCAUACAGAAGGAUAUUGGCACACAGACAAACUUGAAAUGCCAGAGAGGCAUUGAAAAUUGGGAGUUUAUUAGUUCAACUACAAUUAGAAGUCCUCUACAGGAAGCAGAAAACAAAGCCAGAAUGCAAUUAGAUGAAACUUUUAGGCAAUAUGAAGCAGCCAAAUCUAUAAUAAGGUCUGAACCUGAAGGUUAUAGUGGAGUCAUUGGGAAUAAAAUUAUUAUUCCUAUGAUGACUAUCAUAAAAAGUGAUUCAAGUAGUGAUGUAAGUGAUGGACAUGGUUCCUGCUCAUGGGACAGUAAUCUACCAGAGUCUUUGGAAUCCGUUUCCGAUGUUCUUCUAAACUUCUUACCAUAUGCUUCACCCAAAACAAGCAUAGCAGAUAGCAGAGAGGAAGAUGGUGUUUCAGACAGUGAGGAUGGUUGUGGUAGUGUAGACUCAUUGGCUGCCCAUGUGAAAAAUCUUCUGCAAUGUGAAUCUUCAUUGAAUCAUGCCAGACAAAUACUUAGAAACGCAGAGGAAGAGGAAUGUCGUGUAAGAGCACGAGCCUGGAAUCUGAAGUUUAAUUUAGCACAUGACCGUGGAUACCCCACUUCAGAAUUAAAUGAUGAUGACAGGAGGAAAGUAGAAGAGAUCAAGACAAAGUUGUUUGGUCAUGGGAGAACAACUGACUUGUCUGAGGGUUUACAGAGUCCACGGGGAAUAGGAGGCACACCUGAUGCUGUAUGUAGUCACAUUAUUAUUGAGAGCCAUGAAAAAGGAUGUUUCAGGACUCUAACUGCUCAACAACCACAAGUGGACAGUCACCCUUGUGUUUUCAGAUCUGCUGAACCCUCAGAUGUGAUCAGAGGACGACGGAGCCCAACACCAUGGAGAACUAGGCACAUCAACUUUUCUAAAUCAUUAGACCAGAACAAUUCCCAUUUCAGAGUUUGGAAUUCUUUGCAGUUGCAAAGUCAUCCCCCAUUUCAAAGCCUUAUGCCUGAUGACUUCAAAGUUAGCAAGGGUUUGGGAAUGCCAUUCCAUGAAAACAUAGACCCUUGGUUGUCAGAAUUAGUAGAACCUGCUUGUGUGUCACCUAAAGAAGUGGAUUUUCAUUCUUCAUCACAAAUACUGCCCCCAGAACCCAUGAAACAGUUUACUACCUCCAUCACUUUCUCAUCUCACCGACAUUCUAAAUGCAUUUCUGAUUCCUCUGUUUUUAAGGUUGGUGUUACUGAAGGUAGCCAGUAUACUGGAGCACCUGUGGGGGUAUUUAAUUCUCAUGUCACUGAAGAGCAGAAUUCUCCUAGAUAUCUUAAACAGAGAACAUCUUCCCCUUUAUCAUUUAAAAAACUUUGUCAUUUGCCAAAUAAAGAAGUGACUAUUUUAGCAGAAGGUAGUAGGCAAAGCCAAAAAUUAUCUGUUGAUUUUGAGCAUUCUCAUCAAGAAGAAAAACUCUUAGAGAAAUCAGAUUUUGAAGUCACUCAUUCUGAGCCCAGUACCAGUACAAAUUAUAACAAUUUCAAGGAAGUUCACUUUUCUGAUAACCAUACCCCCAUUAGCAUGGGCAGACCAUGUUCCACUCUAGGAGUAAGAGAGAAGAAUGUAAUUAUAACUUCAGAUCUUCCUUCGCACAUUUUUCUUGAACAACGACAGCUCUUUGAGCAAAGCCAAGCCCAAUAUACAGAUCAUUAUGUGAGAAAACACCAUUCUCCCCCUUGUCCAAACCUUCCUUCUUGUAUUUUUCUUGAACAACAAGAACUCUUUGAACAAAGCAAAGUCCCACAUUUAGGUCAUGAGAUGAGAGAGAAUCAUUCUCCCUUUCCUCAGUGUCAGGAUAAUAUAGCUCCAGACCUUUCUUCUCCCAUUUUUCUUGAACAACGUCAGAGCAAACCCCCAGCAGUAGAUGCCCACCAUUUCCUUUUUUCUCAAAGUCAGGAUUCUGUAGUAGAAAAGAAUCAACAUGCACCUGAUUCACACAUUUGUAAUAUGAUAAAUGUUGAAGCCACCUUCAAUGAUGUGAUCUCCCAGUCGGUCCCUGAUCACUGUAAAUUAGCACCAUCUGCAUCUACUCCACCUUCAAAUAGAAAGGCACUUUCAUGUAUCCGUAUAACUCUUUGUCCCAAGACUUCUUCCAAGUUGGAUAGUGGAAUCUUAGAUAAAAGAUUUCAUUCAUUGGAUCCUGCUUCUAGAACAAAUGAGUUUAACUCUCACCUACAAAUUAAAUCUACGAGAUCAUUGGAAUCAGCCUCCAUAUUAUUGACCAGUAAGCCUAUAGCACAGGAUCAAGAAUCUUUAGGUUUUCUAGGACCUAAAUCUCCAUUGGACUUGCAAGUCGUACAGUCUCCUCCAGAUAGUAAGACUAUUACUCAGAACUUGAAAACCAUACCUUCUCAGAAUAGCCAGAUAGUAACCUCAAGGCAAACACAAGUGAACUUUUCAGAUUUGGAAGAAUAUUCCAAACCAGAGGAGACUCCGGUAUCUGCAGAUGGUUCACGAGAACAGAGUAAGACCCCCUUUUCUGCCUCUUCUGGAAAGUUAUCAUCCGAUGCUGUCACUCAAAUAACAACAGAAAGUCCAGGAAAGACCACAUUUUCAUCUGAGAUUUUUAUUAAUGCUGAUAAUCGUGGAGGUGACAUUCCAGAGCCCAGUACCCAAAAGCUACAAAAACCUCCUGUCACGUUUGCUUCUUCAUCUUCAGUGCAAGAGAGUACUACUUUUCCUGAUGUAGAUGCCCAGCCUGUACUAUUGCCAUAUAAGCCACCUGGAAGUAAGAAGAUGUACUAUGUUCCACAAUUAGCAACAAUUGCUUCAUUGCCAGAUUCCAAAUCUGACACCACCAUUGAGAGCUCACAUUCAGGGUCCAAUGAUGCUAUUGCUCCAGAUUUUCCAGUUCAGGUGCUAGGCACAAGGGAUGAUGACCUGUCAGCCACUGUAAACAUUAAACAUAAAGAAGGGAUCUACAGUAAGAGGGCAAGAACUAAGGCACCCUCCUCAGUGGGGAAGAAAUCCUCUCAGAAAGAUGAUGCAGAUGCCCCAAUUCAAGUGCCCAUCAUCACUAGCGAUGAGGAUCUCUCAGACAAAAAACAGAAGGAAGAAAUCAUCAAUGAAAGGGUUGUGACCAAGGUUGCCUACCUUGAAGAAAAAGAAUCCUUACAGAGAGACACUACAGGUUCCAUUGAUUCUACUGCUGUGGAGCACUUAGUUCAGGUACAAGACACAAAAAUUAAAAACCUACCAGACACUAAAGCCAUUGAAGAGAAAGAAGAGAUCCAUUUUAAAAGGACUGUUUGUAAGGAAGCCUGGCCAAAAGAAAAAGAAUCCUUACAAACAGAUAUUUCAGAGCCCAAAUGUCAUUCAGAAUUUGAAAAUACUACUCAUUCUGUCUUCAGGUCAGCCAAGUUUUACUUUCAUCAUCCAGUGCACCCAUCAAGUGACCAAGAUUUUUGCCAUGAGUCUUUGGGGAAAAGUGUUUUUAUGAGGCAUUCUUGCAAAGAUUUCUUUCAGCAGCAUUCAGACAAUCAUAGAGAACCCACUUGUCUUCCUCCCUCUUAUCAAAAUGUGGAUAAGACCAAGACGGAUUAUAUGAGAAUAAAGAACCUCAGCAUCAAUGUGAAUUUGGGAAAUAAAGAGAUGACACAUACUACUAAAAGUCAGGCUAGAGAUCAUCUAAAAAGUAAAAGACAAAUUAAUGAUGCAAAAAGGGAUCAUGAGGUUUCCUCAGAGCCAACAACUCAGCACACUGCAAGUUUGAAUGAACUCUGGAACAAGUAUCAGGAGCGACAUAGGCAACGGAAACCACCUGAUGUUGGUGACAGGAAAGAACUGUCCUUGAUAGAGCGACUUGAUCGUUUGGCUAAACUUCUUCAGAAUCCCAUCACACAUUCUCUCCAGGCCUCAGAAAGUACACAAGAUGAUAGCAGAGGGGAGCAAAACAUUAAGGAUUGGAGUGGUAAACAGAAAAGCAAGCUUCAGAAGCAGAAGCGGUAUAAAAGCCUAGAGAAAGGCCAUAAAAACAUAAGUGAUCUUAAAAGAAGCAAUUUUCUUUCUCCUCAGCCAACUGGGAAGUCCAAUCAGGUUAAGAUUGAACAGGUUAAAUUUGAUAAAUACAUUCUAAGGAAACAGCCUGAUUUUAAUUAUAUCAGCAACACUUCUUCAGAUUCUAGACCCUCAGAGGGUGAGCUGCUUACAGAUACUCCCACCAAUGUUCUUUCCACCACCCCUUCUCCUGUGGACUCAGAUAUAUUAACCCAAACAGAUAGAGAGGUGACUUGGCGUGAAAGGAGUAGCUCCAUUUCCACCAUUGACACUGCCCGAUUGAUCCAAGCUUUUGGCCAUGAGAGAGUAUGUUUAUCACCCAGGCAAAUUAAAUUAUAUAGCAGCAUCACCAACCAACAGAGGAGAUACCUUGAGAAGCGUUGCAAGCACAACAAAAAAGCAUUGAGUACAGGUCAUCCACUAAUGACUUCUGAGCACACCAGAAGGAGGCACAUCCAGGAGGCAAACCAGAUGAUUUCUUCUGACUCUGUUUCAUCUGCCAGUAGUUUCUUGAGCUUGAAUUCUACUCUUUGCAACAAACAAAAUGUACACAUAUUAAGUAAGGGCAUCCAAGCAGGUAAUUUGGAGAUUGUGAAUGGUGCCAAAAAAAACACUCGAGAUGUUGGGAUGACUUUCCCAACUCCAAGUCCUAGCGAGGCCAAAUUAGAAGAGGACAGUGUUGUGACUUCUUGGUCAGAAGAAAGAAUUGAAGAGAAAAUGUUCUUAACCAAUUACCUUGGGAACAAAAAGUUAAAGAACAAGCAGAACUCCUGCGAAGGAGUUUCCUGGUUUGUUCCUGUGGAAAAUGUGAAGUCUGGAUCUAAGAAAGAAAACUUUCCCAAGAAUUAUGGCCCUGGUGUCUCCUGGUUUGAAUCAAUCACAAAAACUAAACCUUGGAGGGAACCACUUCGGGAACAGAACUGGCAGGGACAGUGCAAGGACAUUCAAGGGUCACUGUCUGGUUUACAUGGAGAUGAUGGCCAAAACCAACUGAGGCCAUUUGUGAGAACAACACUACAGGAAUCACUUCAGCUUCAUAGACCUGACUUCAUCUCCCGCUCUGGGGAACGGAUAAAGCGCCUAAAGUUAAUAGUCCAAGAGAGGAAGCUGCAGAACAUGUUCCAGUGUGAGCGGAAUGCACUGUUCAAUGCCACGCCCCCUCUGCCUAGGAGAGUUUUCCUGCUUGCCCAGAAGAACAAGCCUAUUGGAAAGAAGGAAAUGAUUCAGCAUUCUAAACGGAUUUAUGAACAGCUUCCAGAAGUACAGAAAAAGAGAGAAGAGGAGAGGAGGAAAUCAGAAUAUAAGUCCUACCGGCUGCGAGCUCAGCUGUAUAAAAAGAAAGUGACCAAUCAACUCCUGGGGAGAAAAGUUCCCUGGGACUGACAUAAUUUUCCUCGGAGCCUUGGAAUUAUUUUUUAUGAACCUGGAGAUGCAUAAUCCUUACUUUUAUGGGUCUGAUUUAAUAAAGCUUACUCUUUGUCCAUGUGUAACUUUGUAACCUCUAAGGUCUGGAGCACAGUGGUGGUUAGAAUGAUUUGAUGGUUUAGAAGCAGUCCUUUCUCCACAGAGGCCUUGCCACAUUGUUGUGAAUUACAGUGGUAUUAUCUCUUAAUUCUAGUCAAGAGUG